UUCACUGGCCAAUGAAAUCAGGCCUUCACCCGUGACAGCAUGAAGCCGAAGAUGAAUUAAGUAAAUUUGACCCAAUAGCAGAUCUGGAGUCAUUUUUGCAUGUUACCCGCGGGGAAUCCACACAUCAGUCGCAAGUCGCAAAUGAAAAUUUGAGUGCUCCCGUUUUUCCUUUCCCAGUUCCCGUUUCGUUUUGUGUUUUUUACGAAGACAAAAGAACCAGCCAGCAUUUUCAUCUUCACUGGGAAAUAGAAAAGAAAAGGAAAACGGAGACUUCGUUGCUCUGUCGCUCAGAUCCAAAUCUCUUUCUUAGAUCUCCCAAUUCCAACAUUUAAAUCUUGAAUUGCAGAUUCUUAGAUUUGGGAAAAAAUCGAUUUAAUUCCGUUGGCGUGAAUUUGUUGAUUGAUUUGGUCUCAGCAUUUGCUUUAGUUUGAAUUUGAUUGGAUCUGAUUUGAGCUCUCUACAAAGCUUCAACCCUGGACCCAAUCAUGAAUCCUUUCUCGUCCGGUACCCGUCUACGGGACAUGAUACGGGCUAUACGAGCAUGCAAAACUGCAGCAGAAGAACGUGCUGUUGUAAGGAAAGAGUGUGCUGCUAUUCGUGCUGCAAUUAAUGAAAAUGAUCAAGAUUAUAGGCACCGUAACCUGGCAAAGCUCAUGUUUAUUCAGAUGCUUGGAUAUCCCACUCAUUUUGGCCAAAUGGAGUGCCUGAAGUUGAUUGCAUCUUCUGGAUUUCCAGAGAAGAGGAUUGGGUAUCUUGGCCUUAUGUUGCUUCUUGAUGAAAGACAAGAAGUUCUGAUGUUGGUCACAAACUCAUUAAAGCAAGAUCUCAAUCAUUCAAACCAGUAUAUUGUAGGACUUGCUCUUUGUGCUCUUGGAAAUAUUUGUUCAGCAGAAAUGGCCCGUGAUCUUGCACCGGAAGUGGAAAGAUUGCUGCAGUUUCGAGAUCCAAAUAUCCGGAAGAAAGCAGCAUUGUGCUCCAUACGGAUCAUAAAGAAAGUUCCAGACCUGGCAGAAAACUUUAUAAAUCCUGCUGCUUCCCUACUUAAAGAAAAGCAUCAUGGAGUCCUAAUAACAGGAGUUCAACUUUGUACAGAUCUAUGUAAAGUCAGUUCAGAAGCCCUUGAAUAUUUUAGAAAGAAGUGUACUGAUGGUUUGGUCAAAACUCUGAGAGAUAUUGCGAACAGUCCCUAUGCACCUGAGUAUGACAUUGCUGGCAUUACAGAUCCCUUUCUUCAUAUAAGAUUGCUGAAACUUCUGCGGAUAUUGGGUCAGGGAGAUGCUGAUGCUAGUGACUGUAUGAAUGACAUACUGGCCCAGGUGGCAACAAAAACCGAGUCAAACAAAAAUGCAGGAAAUGCUAUUCUUUAUGAAUGUGUUGAAACCAUCAUGAGCAUUGAAGAUAAUGGUGGCUUACGUGUGCUUGCUAUUAAUAUCCUGGGAAGAUUCUUGUCAAAUCGUGACAAUAAUAUUAGAUAUGUUGCUUUAAACAUGCUUAUGAAGGCUAUGAUGGUGGACGCUCAAGCGGUACAGAGGCACAGGGCAACAAUUUUGGAAUGUGUAAAGGAUUCAGAUGCUUCAAUUCAGAAAAGGGCACUUGAACUUGUAUACCUGCUAGUGAAUGAAAACAAUGUGAAGCCUUUGACGAAAGAGCUAAUUGAAUAUUUGGAAGUAAGCGAUCAAGAAUUUAAGGGAGAUCUUACUGCCAAGAUUUGCUCCCUUGUUGAAAAGUUUUCCCCAGAGAAGAUUUGGUACAUUGAUCAGAUGCUCAAAGUUCUUUCUGAGGCUGGAAAUUUUGUAAAAGAUGAAGUCUGGCAUGCCCUUAUUGUUGUCAUAAGUAAUGCUACUGACCUCCAUGGAUAUACAGUCAGGGCAUUGUACAGAGCAGUGCAAACAUCAACAGAACAGGAAACCCUUGUUCGAGUGGCAGUUUGGUGUAUUGGUGAAUAUGGUGACAUGUUGGUGAAUGAUGUUGGGAUGCUUGAUAUUGAAGACCCAAUAACUGUAACAGAGUCUGAUGCUGUGGAUGCCACAGAGGUUGCUAUUAAGCGUCAUAGUUCUGAUCUCACUACUAAAGCGAUGGCUUUGAUUGCUCUGUUGAAGCUCUCUUCCCGUUUUCCUUCGUGUUCAGAGAGGAUCAGGGAUAUAAUUGUCCAAAAUAAAGGAAACCUUGUGCUUGAGUUGCAGCAACGAUCUAUUGAAUUUAAUUGUAUUCUUCAGAAGCAUCAGAACAUUAGAUCUGCACUGGUUGAAAGGAUGCCAGUUUUGGACGAGGCAACUUUCAGUGGAAGGAGGGCUGGCUCGUUGCCAGCAGCUGUUUCAACUUCCACUGGGGCACCACGUAAUCUUCCAAAUGGAAUUGCUAAACCAGCUGCAGCUCCUAUUGCAGACUUACUUGACCUAAGUUCAGAUGAUGUCCCUGCACCUAGUUCUUCUGGUGGUGAUUUUCUUCAGGAUCUUCUUGGUGUUGAUUUAUCACCAGCUUCAGCACCAUCAGGCACAAGUCAGCCUCCAAAAGCUGGUACAGAUGUUCUGCUGGAUCUUUUGUCACUUGGAACAUUGCCUCCUGCACAAAGCAGCUCAUCUACAUCUGACAUAUUAUCCUCCAGCCAAGACAAUAAAGCACCACUUGCUAACUUAAAUGGCCUCUCAUCGCUUCCCUCACUUUCUCCGAAUGCCACUUCUCCUGCAAGUGCUGCUUCAAUGAUGGAUUUAUUGGAUGGGUUUGGCCCCAGUCCUCAAAACCAUGAGGAAAAUGGUCCAGCUUAUCCAUCUCUAGUUGCAUAUGAGAGCAGCUCCUUAAGGAUGACGUUCAAUUUCUCAAAGCAACCUGGAAACCCACAAACAACGUUGAUCCAGGCUACUUUUACAAAUCUAUCACCAAAUGUUUAUAAUGAUUUUCUUUUCCAGGCUGCAGUUCCAAAGUUUCUUCAGUUGCACUUGGAUCCAGCCAGCAGCAAUACUUUGCCUGCAAGUGGUAAUGGUUCCAUCACACAAAAUUUGAAAGUCACUAACAGCCAACAUGGGAAGAAAUCCUUGGUAAUGCGCAUAAGGAUAGCUUACAAGAUGAAGAACAAAGAAGUUUUGGAAGAAGGACAAAUCAGCAAUUUCCCUCGUGAUUUGUGACUUGUGAGGUUGAUUGAUCGUUGAAUUACAGAGAUGUUGAAGAUAUUCAUGUACCACCAUUUCUUUCUUUCUUUCCUCUUUUAUCUGAGAAACUUGGUUGUUAUCAUUUGUAGUGAUAGUGCAAUGUUUGGUUUCAAUUCUUGUAUCCGGGGGCAUAUAGCGUGUACCAAGUGGCAUGAGAUUUUGCUGGGGUCUGUGUUGUGUUAAAUGGGGUCACACGACUCUUCACAAAUUUUCUCCUCUUAGGUGAUUUAUGUAUAUUAUUAUAAACACCUUUGUUGGCUGUACGACGGGAAUGUGGGCCUUUGGUACAAAGAGAAAAUUUGUUAUUUUUGGAAUACAAGGUGUGCUGUUGUUGCAAUUUAA